UAGACGGCAGAUUGUGUUACGGAAAGACUAGAAAAUUCGUCAUAAUGAAUCGAUAGUGUAUACAGAGAUGAUUUAUUUUUAUACAUAUGGUCAUAUGCAAUGAAUGUGUAUUAUUAGAGGGUAUCUGUUUGUAGAUAUACAUAAUGGACGUAAAAAAUCCAUGGGAGAAUUUCGGUCCUGAUCAAUAUGAUGACAAAAUUAAUGAGCCCUCUAGUUGCUUUAACAGUAUCAAGCUCAACGGUUUCCCAUUCCUCAAAAGCCAAUUCACAACCAUUGAUUAUCUUGUUAAAUGUGGAAUUUGUAAUGUAAUACUUCUACCGGAGAGUAUUUCGACGCAUUAUGGUGAUCGGCACGCGGAGUCAUCAAAGUCAGCUUCCGCUAUAUUACCAUAUGAAGCUGUUUCAUGGUGUGAAGAUCAGGCUGAAAUUGAUUCUCAAAAGGAUCGUACUCCCAAACGCACUAAAGUCGCACCUCUUAAGCGUUCUAAGCGUACUGUAAAUAAUUCACUAGAUGCUGCUCUCAGCUCUAGUAAAGCAGGAAAGAUGCAUAUAUUAUACGAUGGGGUUCGAGAAUUGGAAAAUAACAUAGUUGAACGUCAUGAGGAACUCAGAGAACCAGUGCUGCUAAAAUUGGCGAAAUCUGAUGGAAGAAUACUUCAGGGUGACGAGUUACCGAAGAAGACUGUUAAAGUACCUGCAGAAAAAAGGCUCAGUGAUCGAUCAAUCUGGUCUGUUGUUUAUUCAAGGGAGCAAUGUAGUUCCAGUAGCUUCGGCGACCUUUCUCAAAGGAGUCAAUUUGAGGAGAGUGGCACUUCAGCAAAAGACAUAUUUGAGUGCCACUCAGGUUUAAAUCACUCUAAUGAUUCUGGUAUUGGGUCUCAAACACAAUCUGCCCUUCGUUGUUCUUCCUAUCCACCCACUCCUUCCUUGUCUCCUCAUCUUCCUAGUUCAAGCCCAUCCAAUGUGUCUGAUGACACAACACUCAGUUUUGGUCACUUCCGUCCUGAGUUUCCAAACCGUCCAGUCUCCCGUUCUUCUCAUUCUAGUUCCGGCAGUGGUGCUGGUCCAUUUGACCAGCAUCCUGUUUCUGAUCACAGUGGUUUUCCUCCAACUGUUCUUAAUGUAAAUAGUACAAAAAUAAUUAAUCCGAUUCCCCUGUCAGCAGGAAAAUGCAAAGUUAGUGGUAAAAUACCAACAGUCUGUAUACGAAAACAACGCAUCGGAUCUAAUUCAUCUCUUUCUUUUGUGCCAAAUGACACUGUACCCGUAAUGUCUUCUAGAAACGACAUGCCGAUAAAUAUGUAUAGUCUAAAGAAUAAUCCACAAGAAACGGACUAUGAGGCAGCUAAAAAUGAGUUGCGCCGGAAUGGUUUUCAUGGUUGGAUCUCUGAUGAACGAAGAACUGAUAAUGUCAAACGUUUAUUAGCGUUUCAGCGCAUAUCGGGUUCUUCAAGAAAUCAAAGAAUAUUGUUACAACAAACUCCUAGACAGGUGAAGGGUGUUCAGUUUGCUCCAUCCUUUGUCUCACAGUAUUAUCAAGGUGAACGUUCGGAAAGUACAGGCACUUCUGCUUACACUGAUACCAGUAAUUUUAUCCAACCCAAUGUCACACUACCAUCAGAAAAAUCAGGUAGAUUAGAUUUGAUGGGCGAUAGUUUAUUACGAACUAACUGUUCUUCGGAACCUAUGUUUUCUGAUCACUCUGAUAUGAUAACGAAGGAUGAUGAAAUCCAAGAGUUCGUGGAAGAUUUAGAUGAUACUUUUGAUCCUGUCACAGAAUGUGGUUGUCUAGAGGUGGAUAAUAUCAAGUGUAAAAAUUCAGUAUUGUGUACAGUACAUACAAUGGAAGAGAAGCGUAGAGUACCACGUCACCAUGACAUACGUGAUCUGAUGCGUGAAGCACGACAACGCCAUCAAAUGUUAAGACAAGUAUCUAAUUCGUCUUGUCAUCAGUAUCCUUGGGUUGUACAAACUCCUCCCUCACCCAAUACAGUUAUUGAUCUUACCGAUGAUAACAACAGAAAUGAAGCCUAUUGUGAAUCUGUAGGUCCACUAAACUAUUCAUCAAUACCCCAUUUAUCAUCAAGUCAUCCUCAAAUGUUGCGUCAUCAUCACAAUCCAGCAGCAGGAGCAACAGCAACAUCAGCCUUCUCUUCCCAUGAUACUCAAAGUUCCUUAUAUGCAAACACAAUCAAUUCAAAUGGUCCUGUUGAUAUGAGAUUUAUAUCGAAUAAAUUUACUGCUAGACUACAUCAACGAAAUAAACCAGUUGUACUUGCUCAACCGGGUGGUACAAUCGUCAAUGUUAUGCCACCGGCAGAUUCUUUCUUAUCUUCUUCAUCUCAAGUAUCGUCGUCUACAACCACGAAUUUUGAAGUGAAUUCUAUGCCCUAUAAUUCAAUUGGAUUGAAAUCUGUUCAAAGCAGCGAAUACUUCACUGAAUCUGGUACAUCUGGCGGUGGUGGCGGCGCCCGCGGUAGUAGUGGUGGUGGUGGUGGCUAUUCAUCAACAUCAUAUCCAAAUCCUAGAUUGAUCAAUGAACCUCAAUAUCUUCCUGCUCAGAGAAUUUGUAUAACACCCUCACAACCUACACAAAUUUGGUCCAGUCGGUUAACUAAAACUCCUAUGAAUAAUGAUGAGUUGUCUACGCAUAAUACAGUUGACUUCAAUCGUCUCCAUGCCGGUGAAAAUUCAUUCUCAGAACAAGCUUUUACACAACCAUCAUAUCAAUAUAGUCGUCCACGUAGGAUACAUAUCCCUGAGCCUUUACCUCCGUCGACAGUCACUCCUAACUCCUCCUCCUCCUGGUUUCCACAAUUAUCAUCAGUCAACAGUCGACAGUUACAAGAAAGUCAGGGUCGGGUGGUUGUCAAUGAUAUGCGUGAGAAAUCGAUAACUGGAAGAAAUAGAAAAACAGCUAGAACAACAUUUAGAUCUUCCGGUUCUACUACACCUCAAGGCCAUUUGAUCUUCAGUAUGGAGUCGGUGAAAAGUCUGCAACCUGUUGGAAAUCCUCUCCGUGACAUGGCAAGAUUCUGAAGGACCCGUCUGGACAUUGGUGUUGAACAGAAUCUGAAUCUUGUUGUCUAUGCUGGCUGAGUGCAGUAAAGAAGAUUUCCAAACUCUUUUCAGGUUGAUGAAGGUGUAUGUCGCCUAACCGGUUCCGUCUGGCUUUAACAUCUCCAAUUGUUCCCGCUAGCCUAUGGUUGAAAUAAUUCUUCCCAGAAAGGUGAAGCAGGUCCAACUCCUACGAAUUUGUUACAUGUACGUUUUCCACACAAACUUCAACAGCAACAACAACCACCGAAUCAAAUUCAACAAAUUCCUGGACUAUUGGGUGGCAGUACUUUGAAGGCUGGAUCGUCUACUUCUGAUUAUAUAGUGCCAAUAAAAUCCAAUGCUGCUACUACUACUACUACUGGUGUUAUGCAUAAGCCUAAGAUAGUAUCAUCGUAUUCUUCAGAUGUAUUUAUUUCUAAGAUAUCUUCGUCAGCGUCUUCACCGCUCUCCUCCUCCGCUACCUCUUCCUCGUCGGCGUCAUCGUCGUCGUCGGUAUCCUCUUCGUCUUCAUCGGCGUCUUCGAUGUCGUCGUCGUCGUCCUCCUCCUCCUCAUCGUCGUCGUCUUCGUCUCUUUAUGAAACUCAAGAAAAAAGUGAUCAGUUGAAUUCUUUCAAUUCUCAACAAGUCCAUUUAUCAUCAUCAUCAUCAAAUGAACCUUAUUCAGCAGCAUAUGUUGGUUUACCACCACCUCAUUAUUCUAAUAGUGGUUCAUGGUCAGCAUCGAUUCAUACUGGCGCGAAAAUUCCUAAUCAACUAUCAGAGUAUACUUCUCCGUCUUCUUCUAGUACCACUGUUGAUGAUAAUCUAAUCAAUAGAGUUUACAAUACACCACCAAGUGUACUGCAGACAUAUUCAACAACACUGCCAUCGUCAUCAUCAUCAUCUAAUGUUUCAAUGAAUUCUUUGCAUUCCAUUUCUAGACCUAUUAAUUAUAGUAAUAGUAGUAGUAAUAAUAAUAAUUAUUUGAAUGUACAACGUCCUAUCCAGUUAAGCACUACUAAUCCACCUACGUCUACUACUACUACUACUACUACUACACAACCGACAAGAAUGUUCUAUGCACAUCCAGUUGUUAGUUGUAUUCAACAAAUUCCUACAAAUGAUACUAGUCUGUCUUCAGUGUCGAUGUCUUCUUCUUUUUCUUCUUCCACGACAUCCUCCUUAUCGAUGCCGACGACAACAAUCACCGGCACUGCCACUGCUACUGCCACUACAAAUCGUUAUUUUGUUAUCCGAUCCAGUGCAAUCUCACAAACACCAAAUGUAUUUGUUUGUGCUAAACGCAGGGAUUCUUCUUUUGCUACACCACCUCCACCAGCCACUAAUACUAAUUCUCCUCAUUCUCUUUCCACUCCUCCUCCUACUACUACUACUACUACUUUUACUACUAAUACAACAAGUAAUCCUACAAAUAGAUCUGAUGAAAGAUGAUAUAUAUAUAUAUAUAUAUAUAUAUAUAUGGUGUGUAUAUCACGGAGUUUUGUAUUAUUAUUUCUCAAAGCAUUUCACAAAAGAAAACCCCCUUACGUUCCUUUCUCUCCCAGUUUGUGUGUGUGUGUGUGUAUUCUUCAGUCUUCCAAUGAUGAUCUAUGCAAAAUAUACUCGUUUCUUCAAUUCUUUGCUUUGGAAUAUGCAUAUAUAAUGUAUAAGCCCAAAAACAAUCAUAGUUUCCGCUGCCAUGUAUAUUAAUUGCUACUGUUAUUAUUAUUAUUAGUUGAAUAAGAAAGGUAAGAUUCUGUCUUUUUAUUUUUCUGUUUGACCAUCUCUCCUCCGUCGUCGUUGUCGCCGCGGCCUCCUCCUCUCCCUCCUCGACUAUUUCUUUCCUUGUUCGUUCUUCAGUCGAAUCCCUCCCCUAAUGAGAGAGGGUUGUUUUCUUUUUUCUCUCUAUAUUCUCUUGCGAUAAUCCUUAGUGUAAUUAAAUAGUGGGAUGAUAGACUAUUUGGGAUAUAAGUGUCAUCAUCAUCACCACGACAGUUCUGUUUCUUUUUUUUUCGUUUCGUCGCAUCUCCUCUAAAUCUUGUCAAUUCAAUUGUGUUCUAUUAUUGCUUGUUGUUGCUGUUGUUAUUGUUGUUGUUGUUUCUUUUCUUUUUCUCUUGGCCAAUUAUGUUUUCAUCUAAUUAAUGAAUUAACUUUUCUUUUGUAUAAGUGAGAAACACAACAACACACACGAACAUUUAAGUGUCUUUCUCUUCUUUUGCUUCUCUCCUUGUUCUGUUUUUUGUUGUUUUUCGUCUUUAUAUCCAUCCAUCUUAUCUGUUCCUCUCAUUAUUCUUUUACAAUGUGUAUAAAAUUUUUAUGCAAAUAUGAAUGAUUACUUGUGGUAUAUUUAUUGUUGUUUUAAUGAAGUGUAAGAAAAUUUAUUUACUAGACCUAACGAUAAUAAUGUUGAUGAUGACAAUGUUAAUAAUAAUAAUAAUAAUCUGAUCACGUGUCUCUAACG